AUGGCGAAGGGAAAGUUUGCAAGUCCAUUUGGACGAAUGGUGUUGACGCCUGCCGACAUGACCGAGCUUGAAGUCGUCGCGAAGACGAUCGUCGACGCCAACAUGGGUCCGUAUUUGCAGUAUUGGGACGUAGACCACCACAAGGUGAACCCUAAUUCGUGGAAGCUUAUCAAGUCGAAAAACGGGAUGCGGUCGAUUCUUUGCGUAGGAACAUCUCCUGGUACACUGGACGACGUGAUGCUUGGAGUCAUGAGCCCAACGCUUGAGGUCACACGAGCUAAAGCUUCGUAUCUGGACGAUCUCAGUGGAGCUGCAGUCCUCUCCACAGUCAAAGAACCAACAACACAUGACCCGUUCAAGUCGGUAGCGGUAAAGUGGAUGGAACUUGAUGUCCGUCGUCGCUCAAUAGGUUUUGUAAAGAACCGCGACUAUGUUUACGUUGAAGCCACCGGUAUCAACAAUCUACCGAACGGUGAGCGACUGGGGUAUCACGUCAUGCACUCGGUUGACAUUCCUCAAGCUCACGACUUGGUAGGACGAGUUCGUGCUAAAUUAUCGGUGUGUUCCUUCUUCCGCCAACGCAGAGAUGACAGUGUGUCAGUGUACGUUAUGGCCGUGAUGGAUCGCAUGAGUGACAAGGUUCGUCGUCUAGUCGUUCCUUGCUUCAUUAAGACGCUACUGUCGACACUUAAGUACGCGUACUGUGGCGAGAUGAAGAAACUAUCGCAGGCUCUCAACGAUCGAUACACAGAAUUAAAGCAUGUCGGGCCUCCGAAUCCGGAUCACAACUGUAUCACAUGUAUGAAACCAAUGCGUGUAUGGCGACUCGGAAAGAUCCGUACCAACCCCAGCACGUGCAAACUCUGCUUCGGAUAUGUCUGCACUUCGUGCAAACUCGACAAGAAGCUGAGUUUCAUGAAUGCAGACCUAAAGAUGACUCAACGGAAAGUCUCUUUUUGCUCGUCGUGUGUGAGCGACGCCAUGGGGGUCAGUCCGUCCGAGAUCCCCAAGGCCAGCGAUUGCUGGAAUAAUGAGUCGUCCGCAGUAUCCCACGAUUUCGCGAAUACGAGAUAA